CGCCAGUGCGUGGUAGUAGUAGAUUCCCUCGAAAGCAGACUCAGUGCGUCAUCAUUUUCUUUUCGAGGUCGUUUGUUUGCGCGUCAACGGCGCUUCUCGCUCGUUGCAGUUACGGACUGUUUAGUACAGUUCAGCUCGUGCUUUGUACUGGUUGGGUAAUACUCCCUGAGGCUGUGACAGAGGAGUCGUACCACACGAAUCUGGGAAAUGAACACAGCCGAUGGUUUGGAUGACUUUCUCAACCAAAUAGGAACUGGAAAAUGGAGCUACCUCUUCUUCGCCGUUUCUGCCGUAGUUCCCGGACUCCUCCCGAUCUACCUGAUUGGCAGCGAGUUCCUGAACGCCGUGCCCUCCUACUCCUGCGACACUGCGGACAGCAACAGGACCAGGCCAUUGAAUGGCUCCCAGUGCUGGAUGAUAGAGGAAGAUUCCACCGGCCACGAGCAGAUUGUGCCCUGUAAGAAGUGGAUUUAUGACACGUCUGUUUUCCAGUCCACGAUUACAAUGGAGUGGAACCUGGUAUGCGACAGAGCCCAUCUUUCUCCAUUCUUCCAGACCAUCUACACUGCUGGAUGCUUCCUGGGAGGCAUCCUAGGGGCGAUAACAGCGAACAGAUAUGGUCGGAGAUGGUCCGUUAAAACUGGUACUCUGCUGACAACGGGUUUCACUGUACUCCUGGUGUUAUCACGAUGGUUCUGGCUUGUGAUGUUGAGUAGGUUUUUCUUGGGAGUGUCUAACACCAUCAUGGUCUACCCUUCUUUCAUCAAUAGUAUGGAAAUAUGCCAACCGAGUCUGCGUACGACAGUAGGCAUUUUUCUGGCCUUGCCUUAUGCCUUGAUGAUGAUAGGUCUAUCUGGGUUAGCCUACUGGAUCAGGGAUUGGCGUAUUCUCCAAGCAGCAGCCUCUUGGCCUUGUCUGGUGCUUCUAGUGCUUGUCUUCUUGAUAGACGAAUCUCCACGCUGGCUCAUUGUGAGAGGACGGUUGGAAGAAGCCACCGAGGUUCUGCAGAGAGCUGUGAGACUCAAUCGGCCGAAUCUCUCUCAAGAAUUGGAUGUCAGCGCCUUGGUUCACUCUAUGUAUCAGAAACUGAAUACGCCACAGACGCAGAAGACGAGAAUGUUCUCAGCAACUGGAGGCAAUGCAUUGAGCUGUAGCGAGUCUUUCAAUGCGCUAGGCCUAGAUGACGGCGUUGGUCCAUGGUGGGCGGGACCCAUGGCUCUGCUGCGAACGAAAAUCAUCAGGAAAGUGACACUGGUACUGUUUGCUGUGUGGCUUCUGCAAGGAAUCGUGUACCUGGGAUUGCCACUGAGUUCCAGUUCAUUCAGCUCUCCUUUCCUCUACAUGGCCCUGCUGGGAGUCUUCGAGAUACCUGCUUACACCCUGACAGCCCCGAUUACGAAGCGUCUCGGAAGAAAAUCAGUGGUGAUCACUUGUCUCGUCUGUUGUGGCGCGCUGCUUAUUUCCGUUACAGGGCUCUUGCUCGCUGACUUGAAGAACGAGUGGAUACAUAUUGCAAUCGUCAUGGCCAGUUACCUGUUGAUUUGCACUGCUUAUCAGGUAAACUUCCUUUACGCACCAGAACUAUUCCCGACGACCCUGCGACCCUGGGGAACUGCUGUCUGUGGUUUAUCUGCUUAUGUGGGUUUCAGCAUCCCUCCCUUCAUUACAGAUUAUGUGGGAAGUGAACACACAUGGGUACCCCCAGCUGUGUUCGGCUGUUGCUCAGCCAUUGCUGGAUUGCUGUUGUUCCUCUUGCCCGAGACGAACGGUCGAAGACUUCCAGAAACUGUGGCAGACUUGAUGAAACGCUUGGAGGAAGAGAAGUCCCGGAGGGCGGACGUCAUCAGGUCACCAUCCAGCAGCCAUCUCAUCUACGGGAGUGACAAUAACGCCUUCAGCCCGCCGAUUGUCAGUACCAUAUCUGGUGGUCAACAAAAUGGGGGCUUUUCAUGAAUCUCGUUUUUUAUUAGUCAGAUGGAUUGAAGCAUAAUUAUUGUAUUUCAUUGUUGUUGUUGUUAUUAUUGUUGUUGUUGCUGUGCACUUCGGUCAGUAUAUUUUCACCAAUUCAGAAUUUGACAGUCACCGCUAUCAUUUAUCAAUUCUGGUCAUUACCGUUAUGUAGUUUCACUGUCAUCUGCACCAUCGUCAUUAUUAUGAGGAAUUAGUUCUCAGAAGCGUUUUCCAUGCAUUUUUUUUAUGUAUAUUACGCUACUUUUAUACUGUUUAACCCUAAGAUUACCCUUGGCUUGUUCUGGGCAUCUGAUCCCACACUGGAUGCCAAACAGUGGAAUAGAUGAGUAUGUAAAUGAAGAGUUUGAUUUCAUUUCUACACAAAACGC